CUGAUAUCACUUUCAAAGUCAAUGGCAGCUCACCUCGUCAUUUGGAUGGCACUUCUUGGAGUCUCAGCUCAUGCUUUGGAGCUGGGUUUUUACUCGGAACAUCCAACGUCUAAAGAUGAUUCCUACGAAUCCCAACUUUUAGAUUCUAAUGACCUAGACCAAGAUGAUGCUGUCGACUUGGCGACCCCUAUGAUUGUUAUCCCAAACGACGAAGAUGAGAUCUAUGCCGAUGAAGAACCGGAGCCACUAACUAUGGAGAAGCGUCUUUAUAUCAGUCGUCAAGGAUUCCGGCCAGCAAAGCGAUCAAUGGCAAUUGGCAGAGCUGGAAUGCGCCCAGGGAAGCGUGCAUUUGCAGCUGGAUGGAACCGCGGAAAGCGAUCAAUGCCAUUUGCAGAGAGCUAUUAUCCUCUUUACCGCAAUGAUUUCUCGGAGUAAAUAAUUUUUGGAAUUUCUACAAACAUUAAUUUUUACUUGUGAAUCAAAUAAAGUAUCUGUAUGAAAU